AUGCCUGCUGCUGUAGUUGCAAUCGAAUCGGGCCCCGGCCAUGACUUUCCCGGCGGCCUCACCAGCCAGGUCCUCUCCUGCUCCGUCAUUGCCGCCUUCGGCGGUCUCAUGUUCGGCUACGACAUUGGAAUUUCCGGCGGCGUUACCUCCAUGGAUGAGUUCUUGGAGAAAUUCUUCCCCAAGGUCUAUUACAGGAAACACCACGCCCAUGAAAACAACUACUGCAAAUUCAACGACCAGAAGCUUCAGCUCUUCACGUCGUCCCUCUAUCUCGCCGCCAUUGUUGCCUCCUUCCUCGGCUCCGUCACCUGUAAGCGUUUGGGAAGAAAACUCACCAUGAAAUUCGCCUCUGUUUUCUUCCUCUGCGGCGCAAUUUUAAGCUGCGCGGCGGAAAACGUCGGAAUGUUGAUCGGUGGACGGAUGUUGCUCGGCGUCGGAGUCGGCCUCGCCAAUCAGACGGUGCCGUUGUUUAUCUCUGAAAUCGCUCCGGCGAAAUACAGAGGAAUGCUCAACAUCAUAUUUCAGCUUCUGAUCACAGUAGGAAUUCUCUGUGCGAAUAUACUCAACUAUGUGUUCUCGAAACUCGGCGCAAUCGGGUGGCGGCUCUCGCUCGGCGGCGCGACGGUUCCGGCUCUUGUUCUUCUGAUCGGAUCUAUGUUCAUCGUUGAAACUCCGAUCAGCCUUCUCCAGCGCGGAAAGAAGAAGGAAGCCAUGGAGAGUCUGCAGAAAGUGAGAGGCAAAAACACCGACGUGAGCCGAGAGUUCGACGAGCUCUGCCGUGCUGCAGCGGUCGCGGCGGAACAGAAACACUCUUACCGGAAUCUACUGAGAAAAAAGAGCAUCCCUCCGCUCACCUGCGGGACAAUCAUUCACGUCUUCCAGCAAUUCACCGGAAUCAAUGUCAUCAUGUUCUACGCUCCGGUCCUCUUCCAAACUAUGGGAUUCGGUAGCGACGCCGCUCUCCUCUCCGCCGCCGUCACCGGCGGCAUCAAUGUACUCGCUACUCUGAUUGCAAAUUUCUUCGUCGAUAAGGCCGGAAGAAGGACCUUGCUAAUCGAAGGCGCACUCCAAAUGAUCAUCGCUCAGAGCGUGAUCGGUUAUCUUCUACUGACUUACCUGAAGACAUCGAACAAAAUGCCGAUUCAUGAAUCGUACAUCGUGUUAGGGUUCAUCGCGGUGUUCGUCGCGGGAUUCGCGUGGUCGUGGGGACCGUUGGGAUGGCUGAUUUCGAGCGAGGUUUAUCCGAUCGAGAGUCGCAACGCCGGUUACUUCUUCGCCGUGAGCACGAACAUGCUCUGUACGUUCAUCAUCGCGCAGCUGUUCCUCACAAUGCUGUGCGCCAUGAGAUCCAUGAUUUUCUUCUUCUUCGUCGCUUGGUUGGUGGUUAUGUGUGCUUACAUUUGCUUCCUUAUGCCGGAGACCAAGAAAAUUCCGGUCGAUGAAAUGGAGGACCGCGUCUGGAAGAAGCAUUGGUUCUGGAAGAGAUUUUUCUCCGGUGACUGCGCCGGCGGCGGCGGCGGCGAUCCUCCCGUUGUGGAGCUCCCCAGCGCCAGCGGCGGCGUUCCUCCGGUUGUUGAGCGAGCGGAGAUUUCUCAGGAAAUCAAGGAGGAUAAAUCUGUUUAGGGAUUCAGUUAAUGACUUUUUAUUUAAUUUAU